GGAGUUUAUUGAAAGCUCACAGCUUCAAAUCAUUAAAGGAAUAAUUAUUCUGAUGUUGGAACAAAAGCUACAAACAAAAACACAGCUCCUGUACCAAGAAUCAGACAGCAAGGGUAGAUGCACACUGUUGAAAUUACAGAGCAACUGUCCACAAACACCCUGCAGAUGCAUUUUAAAGGAAGUCUGGACACUUUUAUGUAAUGACUCUAAUGGCUCUGGAGGAGCUGCUUAAGGUCUAGCUGGAAAAUAAAUAAAUGAAAAAGCAGGAAUGCAAACAUUUAUUUGAAAUAAAAGGUGCUAUGAAUCUGUGGGAUCAUUACAGAUCACAAGGGAGCAUUAAACUGUUCAAAAAGCAUGAAAUCUCCCUGAUAGGAAAUCCAUUUGAUUUCUUGGUGUAUUUCUCUAGAGUAUGAUGUCUUAGCUGAAGGGCCAAUAUUAGGCUCACUUACAGGUUACUCAGGUUAACUUUACUAGAUAAUGUUUACAUGCUUAUUUAUUAUUCUUUUUUUGCAAUACAUUGCUUCAGCAUCUCUUUUGACCUCCAGUCAGAAAUGUUUUGUUUUAGCUCGUCCUCCAUAAGAAACCUUUUCUUUGACUGCUCAGCUGGCCUGGUGUGAAGAAAAGUAAAAGGUUGAGCAGAUUUUAUGAGUAUGUGUUUUUUUUUAAUUCCAUGGAUCUUGACCGUUUUAUGUACCUUCAGGGAAAUAAAAAGUCAGUUUGAUUUGCACUAAAGCAGAAAAAGUGACACAGCAGCACAUUAACACACAGACGAUGCUUGAUUAUUGGUUGAUGUUAGCAUCAAAGCUGCAGACGUGAUAACGCUAACAGUUUUCCUGUUGUGAAGCUUCUGCCACUAUAGUACACACAAAGCAACACUCUGAGUCUUCGGCUAGAAAAGUGGCUUUAGCAUGGAAACGAAAAUGGAAAAUGGUGAACUAUGAGGCAGCUGACAGCAUCUGUGUUUAGAGGAUGGCCUCAACACAUGUAACAUAGAUAAACAACAGAGGGAAAGCAUGGAAAAGCCAAAAUGGUGGUUCAUCAGCAGUGUUUCCUGUGAGCGAGACGUAAAAAGCUAUACAACAUACAAAGUGAGAGCUGAAGCUCAUGGCGUACCCUGUGCAUUCAAUGGGCGAGUGUACCAGCAUGGUGAGGACUUCCAGCCUGUUUGCCAGCACCAGUGCACCUGCAUGAAUGGUGUGGUGGGCUGCAUGCCCCUCUGUCCCUACCAAGUGCCCCUGCCUCGGUGGCGAUGCUCAAAGCCCCGGCUGGCGCAGCCCGAGGGUGGCUGUUGUGAAGAAUGGGUGUGUGAUGAUGACAACAGCAUCAGCGAGGAGCUGAGUGAGCCAACAGAGAGCCAGCUCCACCCAAACCACAUCAGUCCUUUGCUGCCAGUCCAGCGACAGAAUCCCCUCCCAGCUGCCAGCGGAGCAGAUACAUUCAGAGAGAUCGCAUCGUUCCCCCUCUCUGAGGUCUUACAUGAGCCCCAGUGUUUCCCACAGACCACUGAGUGGACCCAGUGCUCUGCCACAUGUGGGAUGGGCAUUUCAAGUCGUGUGACCAAUCACAACCCAGACUGUCAGCUAGUCAGAGAAACCAGACUGUGCCAGAUCCAGCACUGUGACCUGCAGCUUCCCAUAACUAAGAAAUGUCAGCGAACCUUCCGCCCACACGAGCCAGUCAGCAUCACCUUUGGUGGAUGCUCUACAGCUCAGCGAUAUCGGCCUCGGACCUGUGGGACUUGCACUGACGGCCGCUGCUGCGCCCCGUCUCUCUCUCGCACCGUGCAGCUCCGCUUCCACUGCCCCAGUGGAGACAUCCUCUACAAUGUAAUGUGGAUCCAGCGCUGCAGCUGCGGUACGAGCUGUGGUAAACACACCUAUCACUCCAGCACCUCCGUCAACCUCUACAAUGACAUCCACACUUUCAGAGACUGAUGCUGACUUAUCAGCGGACUCUGCACCUCCCCCUCGCUAAACUCACUGCCUCAAUGUCUGUCCGCUGGGUGGGAAAGGAGUCCGCUCGCUUGCACUUUAAGCUUGCUGUCAUGAUGAUGUCACUUUGUCCACGCUACAGGCGGUGCCUCUCCAGCGUCCUAUGCAGUCUCGAGGACGACACAAAACAGUGUGACUGCUAUGCCACAGUGUAGGCUGAGAGCUUUAACUGAAACUUUAAUUUAUUUUCAACUUUGUUUUCUUUUCCACAGAGGGUGACACGACAACUUGUCAAACAUAAAGAAGGCUUUUUAACAGGCAUAUUAACAGGAAGUAAUGGUUAUCAAACACAUGCAUCUUUGUUCUUCACCACGUUUUAAAAUGCUGAGGAGCAGUGGCAUCGAUUGUUGGUUCACAUGGAUUGUGCUUGAUACAGUCCACCUGUUCCCCGUACAAGUACUGACGGGGAAAUGUGUGAGAUGUGUCUGUUUUACAGCGACAGGCUUUCAGAAAGGAGUUUACAGACUGUGCUUAUUAUGCUACUUUGGUAUAUUGAUUAAAAUCCUACAGGCUAUACAGACUUCACUCUUAGUUGUGGAGUGAGAAUAUUCGAGGAUCACCUCAUUUUUCGAGGUGUGAUACCGUUGUGUUUUUUAACGUGUGUCUAUCACUGUGUACAUAUAAUAAAUACAUGUUUGGUUCUUAAAGCUUCAUAUUUGACACGUGUCACUUGUGUAUUAGAAGUUUAUUGGUUGUAAACUCCUGUAUGUCAAAUAAAAACUUAACCUGUGAUGUGUCUUUAUGGUAAACAAAAGUUUGAGGUGAUGUUAUGCUGGGUGAAGGUUCCACAGCAUAAAAUGAAGCAAUAUGAAUUAAAAUGUUUCUAAUUAUUCCA